GCCCUUAGCGCUUUAAUUGCUGAAAGGAAGCAAGCGUCUGCGCUUGCUGCUGAAGCAGUUUCUGUAGCAGCGCUUGUUUCUGCGUCUGCCGAUUCGGCGAAAAAAGAUGCGGCAGCUCCAACUGCCACAGUUCCCACAGCAGCGGGAGCAGCAGCAACUGCUGCCCACUCUACGCUUCUUGCCGCAGAGAAGGCCAGAGGCGUUUUUACAGCUUCGUCGCGCUCUCCUACUGGCGCGUGUGGAGAUGUAGGAGCAGAAGAGCAUACGCAUUCGAGGAGUGCACUCGCACCAGCACCCCCAGCACAAGCGACAGCUGGCACUGGGGAGGAGGCUUCUGCUGCAGACAGCGUAUCUCCUUCGGAGGUGUCUCCCAGCAAGCCAAGCAUCCAGCAAGUGCCGCGAACGGAUGGCGCUUGCAGAAAGGAGGGGGGGAAAAGCGCAGCGCAGCAGACACUUCCCGAAGAGCAAACGCAUCUCAAGCAGCGGCAGAAGCGCAGCUGCGUGAGGCGCAGUGCCUCAUCCCCCUUCAACUUCACCCCCUUUCCUCUGAGCACGCGUCUGCUCAAGCCCUCGCGUUCUCCAUCGCCUUCCCACAGCUGCACUGGCAGCAGCAGCUGCCGCAGCAGCAGCCGCUCGGUGGGGGAAGACACAGAGACUUCGCUGACUGCAACUGCAGCAGCUGCACAAGUGGCUCACGAGUCGGCAAUCGAUACAAAAGCAAGAAGAGCAGUGCAGUCUGUAGGGAUGUUGCAGCAGUUUGGGGGGGAAGAAGCAGCCGCCGAAGGACUGAAAAGCGUUGGAGUCAGCUCUGAGGAGCUCAGCCAGCAGGUGUCUGCACCAGGCAGAGCUUCUUUGAGCGUCUGCACGUAUGCCAGCAGCACCAGCGACAGGAGUAGUCUCUCCAGCAGUGUGCCUUUCAGCCCUCGAAACAAUUUUAACUUCUCAAGCGCAAGGCAGCAGCCACAUCAGCUGCUGCCACUGCUCUCGCUCGAAGACGAGAACCUCUUAGAGGGCAGCAUAGCCUACGAGGCUGCAAGACAGACGCUGAAGCGGGCAGCAGCAGCUGCUUGCUGCGAGGGAGUUUCUUCGCCUGCAGCGGUAACGGAUGCAGCCGCUGAAGCUCUGCUGCAGCACAUGCAGCAGCAGCUGCUGCAGCAUCAUUGCCGCUUGCGGCGUUUGACUCCCCACGGCUCAGGUGUCUUGGAUCCGCUCACCAGCCCCCAAAGCAACGCUUCCUCUGAGGUGUCUGUACACCGCAGCGGCAGCAGCGACGGGAAGCACGAUCCCCUGCUUUCGCAGCUGCGGCAGGCUCUGGAGGAAGCAGCCGAAACGUGCUCUCGGUUGCUUCCUUCUCCACAGGAGAAUGAGGCGCAAAAGCAGCAGCAGCAGCAGCACGAGGUGAACCCCCUGAGUCUAUCAGAGUGCGCGGGGAGACGACGCGCCGAGACGUCGGCAGCAGCAGCAGCAGAGGCGCUGCUGCUGCAGCGCAACAAGAUCUGUGAGCUGCAGCAGAGACUGGCUCUUCUCACUGCGUCUAUGGAAACAAGUCCUUUACAGCUCGCUACAGCAGCAGCAAGAACCACUCCCGCGGCUGCAAGCACAACAAAGCCUGCUCCGAGAGCAGUGGUGUCUCUUGCAGACUGCAUGCGGUCUCUUACGCUGCAGCAGGAGUCUUUGGAGAGGCUUCGCGACAGCGCCUUUCCAGCACGGAGAGAGCAGCAGCAGCAGCACGAUGUCGAUUCUUUACUGGCAGAAGUGCUGCAGGGUAGCGACCACGCGCCGCAUGCAUGCAGCCCACUGCUGUCUGAACUCGAUUCUAUGCCAGGAGCAACGCCUUCUGACUGCGCAACGCUAGCAGUCGCAACUACCAACACAAUCGCCACACCAACUGCUGCUUUCGACUGCCCUGUUCUACCCUCCACCUCAGAAAGCCUCUCCCCCAGAGACCAACAAGAGCACCAGCAGCACCAACAAGAGCAGCAGCACCAACAAAAGCAGCACCAACAAAAGCAGCAUUCGCCACGCAUAAAUACAGCAGCAAGCUGCCGCUGUGGGCGUGAGAUGUUAGUGGAGCCACAAGGGCAGCAACCUCCGUGGCGUGGAUACCCCUCCAGCAGCGUUAGCAGCAACAAGAUCGGUUUUUUGUUUCCUUCGCGGCGAGAGACUACUCAGGGGAAUCUUCUUCUUGCAGAGGAGCUGUCUGUCUCUCAAGGCGAGACUCCGAAGGCAGCGCAAAUGGAGGCUGCCGCUUUUGAAGCGGAAGCUCUCCAGCACAGCUCAAUAGGCGACAGCGUUCAGCAGCAGCAGCAGCAAGUUCAGCAGCAUCACCAAGAGCAGCAGCAGCAGCUGCUACUUCUGUCGCCGCCGCUGCUUCAUAGGCCUUACCAAGCCUGCGGAAGCGAGCAGCACAAGCCCAAGCGGAGAGGCUGUGCAGCUGAUUCGAAUUACCGGCAGCACAGCAGCAGCAGCUGCUGCAUGAGCAGCAGCAGCAGCAGCUCGGGAGCCUCUCUACCAGCCUUCAAUGCACUGUCCUUUAGCGUACCCCCCCUGCAUUCGGCUGUAGCGACACCCUGCAGCACGCUAUCCUCUCCCGCCUCCUCGCGAGCCGUGAGCACCGAUACACAGCAGCAGCAACAGCAGCAAGUGCUGCUGCUUCAGCAGCAGCUGAGGAGGCAGCUGGCGAGCCGCUCUGCUUCUCUACCAGCCCUUCCAAGGGUCCGUGAGUGGUUCUUAGGCUCGCGGCAGCCUCAUCCCUUGCUCUCCGGAGGAGCAGCGGCUGCUGCAUCGCCCUCGCAGCGUCUGGAGGAGCAGCAGCAUCCGCUAUCGCAUGCAUGCAGAGGCAUGCAACGGCUGCGCUCCUUGCCAGUCAUCAGCAGCAGCGAUUCCGAGCAGAAGAAGAGGCCAGCGGCGGCUGCUGCUGCUGCAACAGCAGUGAAGGAUACGCAGCCAGCGCAGUAUCUGCCGAGAAAAGUCUCUGCAAGACACUCGCCUGCACCGCUGUUAGCGCCCAAAGGCGCAGCCGUCGCUGCCUCCUGGCUAUUGAGUCCAUCCUAA